AUGGCGUCGUUACUGUGGGGAGGCGACGCUGGGGCAGAGGAGAGUGAGAGGCUGAACAGCCACCAGUUUUCAAACCUCUUCCACCCCCAGAAGAACCUUCUGGGUAUUAAGAGCACUGCAAUCCCAAAAGAAGAUGAUUCUAUUAGUAACACAGAAGAUGAUGAAGAAGAUGAUGUAGUGGACUUAGCAGCUAAUUCACUUUUAAACAAGUUAAUCAGGAAAUCCUUAGUAGAAUCCAGCCAUCGAGUUGAAGUAUUACAAAAGGAUCCAAGCUCUCCACUCUAUUCCGUAAAAACAUUUGAAGAGUUACGGCUAAAGGAAGAGUUACUAAAAGGAAUCUAUGCAAUGGGGUUUAAUAGACCAUCUAAAAUCCAAGAAAUGGCUCUCCCUAUGAUGCUGGCACAUCCACCCCAGAACCUCAUAGCACAGAGCCAAUCUGGAACAGGAAAGACAGCUGCCUUUGUUUUGGCAAUGCUAAGCAGAGUUAAUGCCUUGGAAUUGUUUCCACAGUGCCUUUGCCUGGCACCUACCUAUGAACUUGCUCUGCAAACCGGCCGUGUGGUUGAACGGAUGGGAAAAUUCUGUGUGGAUGUUCAAGUGAUGUAUGCCAUUCGAGGGAAUCGAAUUCCAAGGGGUAGUGAAAUCACAAAGCAGAUUAUAAUUGGCACUCCUGGAACAGUCCUAGAUUGGUGUUUCAAGCGAAGAUUAAUUAAUUUGACCCAGAUCCGUGUGUUUGUUCUGGAUGAAGCAGAUGUGAUGAUUGACACCCAGGGAUUUUCAGAUCAAAGCAUUCGCAUUCAGAGAGCUUUGCCCUCUGGAUGUCAGAUGCUGCUCUUCUCAGCAACAUUUGAGGACUCUGUGUGGCAGUUUGCUGAGAGGAUUAUUCCUGAUCCUAAUGUCAUCAAGUUACGCAAAGAGGAGCUGACUCUGAACAACAUACGACAGUAUUACGUAUUGUGUGAGAACAGGAAAGACAAAUACCAAGCCCUGUGCAACAUCUAUGGUGGUAUCACCAUUGGCCAGGCCAUUAUCUUCUGCCAGACUCGCCGAAAUGCCAAAUGGUUGACUGUGGAGAUGAUGCAGGAUGGACACCAAGUGUCUUUGUUAAGCGGAGAACUGACUGUGGACCAGCGUGCAUCCAUCAUCCAGAGAUUUCGAGAUGGGAAAGAGAAAGUUCUUAUAACUACCAAUGUCUGCGCUCGUGGGAUUGAUGUGAAGCAGGUCACAGUUGUUGUGAACUUUGACCUCCCUUUAAACCAAGCAGAGGAACCAGACUAUGAGACCUACCUGCACCGUAUUGGGCGGGCUGGACGCUUUGGGAAAAAAGGCCUUGCCUUCAACAUGAUUGAAGUGGAUAAGCUGCCACUGUUAAUGAAAAUCCAGGACCACUUCAACAGCAGUAUUAAGCAGCUUGACCCUGAAGAUAUGGAUGAGAUUGAAAAGAUUGAAUACUGA